AUGAAAUGCAGGGGUUGAUGAUGCUGGUUUUUUUUAGCUGAAUUAGAAUCAAGAUUUGUUUUGAAACUUCAUCCACCAAACCAAUUCCAGUCAGUCAGACCAUCCGAGCUACGUAGGAUCCUAUUUGAACACACUUCUGACAGACUGUUGUAAGACUACUAUUUGUGUGCUCCGAGUAGAAAAUAAUCUCUCCGAUUUAAUGCCCCGAUGCACUCACAUUUCAUUAUCAACGGUUCGCGGAUUAGUGUGUAAAAGUUGUAGGAGGUGUUGAUUUGUGAAAAGUUUGUGUGUUUACAAAGUGCAACUUACAACAAGGAUUGGAUUAAUAAAAAGUGGCAACAAGUUAAAUGAGGCGGAAAAGUACAUGUACAGAAUUGCAACUGCAAAUUUACAACACGACAAUUUGUCAAGAAGAAUUACUCUCAAGAAGAAGGGACAGUCUCUCCACAACCGAGUAACAAAACCACACUGGGUGAUUAUUUACUACAACAAAUGUCGUCAUUUCCAACCAAGUUCUGCGCUGCUGUGUCUCUCGAAAGACCAAGAAGAAAUAAGUGUGGUGAUAUCUUGUUUAAAUCUGCAACCAGUCACAAAUCACAAAUCCUCCGGUGAGAUCAAAGGAGUGGUGGAGAUGUGGUACAGAGAAUUACCUUGUAAUUUCACAACACUCUCUUGAAUGGAAAUGUGGAUUUAUGGAUGUUCUCUCCCAGUCAAAAGUUGUCCUCGUGUCUCGGAAGAUAACAAAGUUAACCCGAGUGAAAAAAUGUAGAGGGGACCAGUUGCUUCUUAUCACUCAGUUUCAGUGAUCAAAGUCACAAGGAGAAAGAAAAGUCGAUGACACUUAAAUUCUAUGAAUAAUUUAAUUGAGAUGAACGACUGGAAUGGAUGCGGCGAGGAAGAGGGGGGCUUUAUUUAUUGGGGAGUUUUCUACGAUUUCAGCGCUGUUGGACGUUAGCUGUGUAGGCAGUGAAAUCCACGGGUGGCGAUGUCACAACUAGAAAACUGUCGCAUACCCCAAUCAAUUUCACUCGACUCGGUCCAUAGCAAAGCUCUAGUGGUAGCUUAUUCAAAAUUACACAAUAAUUUGUGUAACCAACGCGUGUGAGUUUGGUGUCGUGCAUUCCUUGGGCCUUGACCAUAUUUCUAUCAAGUGAAAAAGUAGUACACAUUUACAUACCUCACACCCAUAAACCCGAAACCUUUGUGAGUUUGUUAGUGAACAAGGUGAUGACAGGUGAAAUGCAUAAAGUGCCAAAUGGUGGUGGUUGGUUAACUUGGUGGUGACCUUAAAUGUCAAAUGAUUGGCUGGAAGGAUCAAAGGAGAGCAGCAGGACGCCCAAUUUGUCCUCGUCACCAGCAAGUCAACUGGAGCUAAGCUGUCAUCGAACUCAUCCUUCUACAAUCAAGAGAAAAAUUCGUUUGACACCAAGUGUUCUGUUGCCAUACGUAGUGUAAAAAGUUGGUGGAUGUGUAAUAAUUGAGGAAAAAUUAUGACCCUUCAAAUUCAAAGCCAAUGCAAAGUUCCAUAUAAUAUCGAAUUCGCUACCAAGAAGUGUUUAUAAUCCAAGUGUGGUGACUCACAUGACUGGCUUUUAACCUUAAACUGAGCAAAUAACAUUUAGAUACGAGAGAGAAGCGAUAUUAUGAUAUUAUCUCACACAGUACUGUACAUAAUUUAAGCCCACUUGGAUAAAUGUGAGACAAUUAGUUGCCUGCUGAACUAAAAAAAAGCAUACGUAAUAUCAAUUCACCCUGGAACGAAAGGAUCGAGCGACCCUUUCCACACGGAGAUGAUGAUGACAUCCCAGGUAGACUCUGAAGUAGGGUCGGGUCCUUCAUCCUCAGCAAUGUCACGCUCCUUAAUUUCUAAUCCUCAAUCAUCAUCAUCAUCAUCCGCACCCACAAGCCGACGAAAAAUGUUCCUCGAAAUAGUCCGUCAGUCGAAUGUCGCCUGUCAAAAUGGUGACUUCUCUGCUGCCGUCGCCCUUUACUCAGACGCCCUAAAAAUUGACCCCAGCAAUCAUAUACUGUAUUCAAACCGGUCCGCCGCUCUCAUCAAAAUGGGUCAAUUCGUCAGAGCUCUGGACGACGCAAUGAAAGCCAAAGAUCUUAAUCCAAAAUGGCCCAAGGCCUACUAUCGCCAAGGGGUUGCCUUGCAGUGUCUCGGAAAACACUCGGACGGACUGGCAGCCUUCAGUGCGGGUCUCGCAGAAGAUCCCAAAUCCUCCCAGUUACUGAGUGGACUUAUGGAAUGUGCCAUAAAGUCACCAUUAAAAGCCAAAUUAGAACCCACCUUCGAGCAGCUGGCGUCCAUGAAGUUGGUGCAGUCACCAUUCGUCGUCAUUUCCGUGAUAGGUCAAGAGCUUCUGGCCUCCAGUCAGUACGCUGCAGCCGUCGUGGUGCUGGAAAGUGCCCUUAAGAUUGGCACUGCCAAUGCGAAAUUGAAGGGGUCGGUGUACUCGGCCCUCUCUUCUGCCUUCUGGACGCUCAACUCACUUGAUAAGGCAAUUAACUAUAUGCAGCAGGACCUUGCUGUGGCCAAAUCGCUUGGAGAUGUUCCUGGGGAGUGUCGCGCACAUGGAAAUUUGGGAUCGGCUUACUUUUCCCAGUCCAAUUUCAAAGAUGCCCUCACUUCUCACCGAUAUCAACUCGUCCUCGCCAUGAAGUGCAAAGACACGCAGGCUGCGACUUCAGCACUCACCAGUUUGGGUCACGUGUACACUUCGAUAGGUGACUAUUCGAACGCCCUUGCGUCUCACAAGCAGUGUGUCCAAUUAGUAAAACAAAUGGGGGAUCUGCUCCAGGAAGCCAGAGAAAUCGGCAAUGUGGGCGCCGUUUACAUGGUCAUGGGGGAGUUUUCCAAUGCAAUCGACUGUCACACUGAGCACCUCAGAAUUGCCAAACACCAACUGAAAAACAAGUCUGAAGAAGCUCGUGCCUACAGCAACCUUGGUUCUUCGUACCACUACAGACGAAACUAUGACCAAGCCAUCACAUUUCACAAUCACGUGCUGAAAAUUGCUCAAGAGCUUGGCGACAAGAACAUUGAAGCACGAGCUUAUGCCGGCCUAGGUCACGCGGCGAGAUGUAAGGGUGACUACUCCUCAGCCAAAAUGUGGCACGCCAAGCAAUUGGACAUCGCCCUCGCGACCAAGGACAAGGUGAACGAAGGAAGGGCGUGUUCCAAUCUAGGAAUUGUUUUUCAGCUCCUUGGCGAUCAUGACGCCGCUCUCAAACUUCACCAGUCCCAUUUGAGCAUUUCUUCUUCCCUGCACGACCGUACAGGGAUGGGGAGAGCAUAUGGGAACAUUGGGAAUGCCUACAAUGCCAUGCAACUAUAUGACCAAGCGAUUAAGUACCACAAACAAGAGUUGGCCAUUUCUAAGGAGGUAAAUGACCGAAGUUCGGAAGCUUCCACUCAUGGAAAUCUGGCCGUGGGGUACCAAGGGAUGGGAAUGUGUGGCGCAGCUCUAGUCCAUUACCACAGUCAUCUCAACAUCUCGAGGGAGUUGAAGGAUACGAGUGGAGAAGCAUGUGCGUUGCUCAACCUGGGAAAUUGUCACAGUUCGCUGGGAGAUUUCGAAGAGGCGAUCCCCUUCUACGAAACGUACCUCAUGCUAUCCCAAGAGCUCAACGAUGUUGAGGGGGAGGCAAAAGCGUGCCACUUUUUGGGGUUUGCGCACUACUCACUCGGCAACUUCAAGGAGGCUGUGAGAUACUACAACCAAGACUUGUGUUUAGCAAAAGAAUUGCAGAAUACGGGAGGCAUAGCGAGAGCCUACUGCAAUCUGGGGCUUACUCACUUAUCAGUGGGGAACUUGGAGGAGGCGCUCGAGUGUCAAAAGUAUUUUUUAACAGUGACCCAUUCCACGAAAGAUAUGCAAGGAAAAUACCGAGCUUUGGGGAAUAUUGGGAACAUUAUGUUGAAAAUGAGAAAUGAAAAUGAGGCUAUCAAAGUGUUUCAAAAGCAAGUGCUGCUCGCAAGAACGAAUGGGUACAAGACUUUGGAGGCCAGUGCUUACGGUGCCUUGGGAAGUACUCAUACACUUCUCAGGAGAUUCGAUCUUGCUCUAGGAUUCCACACUCAGGAACUGACAAUAGUCCAGGAAAUAGGUGAUACCAAAGGCGAAUGCAGAGCACACGGAAAUUUGGGGGGAGUGCAUAUGUCUCUCGGGAAUUAUACAAGUGCAAUUGGUGAAGCUGCAUCUGCCAGCAUGCAUUACAACCAAGCAAUUAAGUGUUACGAGGAAAUGCUGGAUCGUGCCAAAGAACUGAAAGAUUCAAUGACCGAAGCCCAAUCCUACGGAAAUUUGGGAAUUUGUAGAAUUAAUUUGGGGAACUAUAAGGAAGGAGCAACAUUCUUCGAGCUUCAACUUGCCAUUUUAGACUCGUUGUCUUCUUCCACGACGAAAACCACACUAUUAAUUCUUGCAGAGAAAGGCAGAUCGUAUGGGAACCUGGGAGAAUGUUGCAACGCUCUUGGUGACUACGAAGAAGCCAUCCGACGGCAUGAAAAAUCCCUGCAAAUUUCAACGAAACUCAACAAUUUGCGGGAACAGGAGAAGACUUACAGAUCACUUGGGUCGGCGUGUAAAUCCUUGCGAAAUACACCUGCUGCCCUCGUCUAUUUCGAGAAACGCUUAGAAAUUAUUAACCAUUUACUUAGUGAGUGCUCUAGUAGUGAAUCAAACAAUAGUGGAAGUGACGGGACGGUAAUAAUUGACGACGAGUUGAUGCGACUCAAGGGCGCCGCAUUGUCCGAUUUUGGUCUCGGUUAUCUAGACAUUAGGAACUUUGAACAGGCCAUCGGCUGCUUCCAACAGCAGUUAUCCAUUUCCAAAGAUGUUGAAGAUAAAGAGAUGGAAGCUGAAGCGGUUUCGCUAUUGGGAAGAGUGUUCCAAGUCAUGGGCAAAUAUGCCGAAGCUCUCGAAUACCAUCAACUUGCCCUCCGAAUUUCCACGGAACUCGGCAGCGUGGGAGGUAAAGUGAGGGACUACGGGAAUAUCGGUUUGGUGCAUGAAUCCAUGGGGAACUUUGAGGAGGGUUUGCUAUAUCAAGAGCAUCACUUGAAUUCUGCCAUGCAGACGGACAAUAACUUGGCGAAAUCUAUCGCCUUCAGCUCCAUAGGGAGGAUCCAUCACGCUCUUGGGAAUAACAUCCAAGCCGUAGCAAAUCUACAGCAAGGGUUGCAAUUAGUGGAAAUGUUGGACGCAAAGGAAGAAGAGGCCCAAAUUCGCCAUUUUUUGGGACUUGCCUUCUGGCGACAUGGUGAUCUCGAAUCGGCCCAAGCACACCUCGAAAAGUCGUCUGACCUUUUGGAGACAAUUCGACAAAACACGUACGGUUCAGGAAGCGAAUACUCUUUGGCUCUGUUCGAUCAACAAAUUGCUUCGUACAAAGCACUUCAGAGGAUUUUGGUCCAAAUGGGCCGCACUGAUCUCACCCUGCUUUUCGCCGAAAAGAGCAGAACUCUGGCCAACUCGACAUUGCUGAGCAACAAGGGAGAAUUUGUUGGAAAUGGGGACAUACCGGGGGACCCUUUGGCCAUGGCGAGUCUGUCAAGCAGUCUAAUAAAUAGUGUGGAUGCGAUCAUUCAGCGUGUAAAUCGUCACAGAGUGGCCGUACUGUAUUUUAGUAUUUCCGGAGGCUACCUCUACUCCUGGUUGCUUAUUCCUGAACGAGGGAUCGUCAAAUUUAACGAGUCCUGCAUUGGCAACGAUGAAGGUGAUACCGACGGAGUGACAAAUAUGGGCACCCUGCUGGAACGCUACAUAGAAGGCACAAGAACAGCCCUAGGACUAGAUUUUAAUGCUUCCGAAAGUACAAACCAGUGCGUGGGUGAGUCGGCUGAAGGGGAGGCUGACUUGUGGUCUCAACACCUUGAAGAAUUAGGUGACAAGUUAAACCAAGAAAAUGACAAGACUGGUUUUCUCAGAAUGGUCAGUCGGAACCACCGCUUCAACUGCAGUAGUUACAGCUUGUCAAGCUUGUUUAGUGUGGGAAGUGCCACCGGAAGUGUGAAAAGUGCAUCAACUAGCAGAGCAGGUUCCACACGCUCACGCUCAAGAAGUUCAUGGCAGGGACCUUCCUGUCUCCGUUCUCUGUAUCAAAUGCUCAUUGCUCCAUUCGAAGAAGAACUCAGCGUCCUUGACCAGACUUGCUUCAAAGAAUUGGUCCUCGUCCUGGAAACUGACCUUCUGCUCGUCCCCUUCCCAAUUUUGAGGAGCUGUACUAACGAAGAUUAUUUAUGUGAAAAGUUCAAAAUUAUCCUCGCUCCAUCCAUCUCAUCAAUUCGGAGUGGUGGAAGAUGCAAGUCAAAAACCGAGACCAGCAUUCCACUCGUCGUGGGAAACCCCACGCUUUCUGCAGCCAUUACCGAGCAAUGGGGAUGGGAAGACAUUCCAAGAGCUCAGCAUGAAGCCAACAUGAUUUCUGAAAUCUUACAAUGCCAACCACUCACCGGGGUCAAAGCCACAAAGGAAAGCAUUCUCAACGAAAUUUGCAAUGCAGAAUGUAUCCAUUUGGCGACUCAUAUUUCCUGGAAAUUGUCAGCCAUUGUACUUUCACCUCCAAGUGGGACUUCUCGAUCCAACAAUAGCGGUGGCAAUGGUGGUGACUCCGCAAAAAAUCAUAUAAAUUCUUCUUCUGACGGAGGAGGAAGGGAUGACAACGAGGAACUUCCACCAUUCUCAGACUACCUUUUGACUGCAGCGGAUAUUCUAAAACUCCGACUGAAUGCGAAACUCGUUGUCCUCAGUUCCUGUCACACUCGGGACAAGAUGGCUAAUGCGGACAAUGUCAUUGCUUUGACCAAGGCGUUGCUCGCUGCGGGUGCCUUGUCCGUUCUAGUCCCACUGUGGCCAGUUCCCGAGACAGCUUCGAAAAUCUUUUUCCGUGCCUUGUACUCCUCUUUACUCCAAGGGUCCAAAGUUAGCCAUGCUCUAACUGAAGCCAUGUUAACAGUGCAACACACUAAACAUUUUGCUCAUCCUGCCAAUUGGGCUGGUUAUCUGCUGCUGGGGUCUGAUGUUCAGCUAUCAAACAAAGUUACAUUAACCAGCCAAGCAAUGCGGGAAUUAAUGAAGACUCCUGAACGGUCCAGAGAUGCUUUGCGAGUCAGUCUUCAUUUGGUGGAAAAAUCCCUCCAGCGAAUUAAUAAUGGUCAGAAGAAUGCAAUGUACACGACUCAGAAAAGUAUAGAAAACAAAGUCGGCAAUACAACUGGGUGGAAGGAUGUCUUGAUGUCUGUGGGCUUUCGAUUUGAGCCAGCAUCAAAUGGACUUCCUGCUGCAGUUUUCUUUCCUCAGUGUGACAUCAGUGAAAAACUGGCGAGAUGUAGUGCCAAUCUGCAAGCAAUCCUUGGUUUGUCGCCACAAUCGUUGAACGCUCUUUCAAAACUUUUCUCUACCCCUGAAGCUGCCGAAGAGGUGAUUUCAAUCUUACGCCAAGCCAUUGCAGAAUUGGCAACAAAAAACGUGGAAGUUGAAAAAUUGGAAGUGAUGAUCAAUGUCAAAUUAUGGGGAAUUGUCGGAUGUCACGAACUUUUAGCUUCUCUUGGCUUCGACUUGAUCGAAGUUGGUGAGCACGAAGUGAACGUCGGUAUUGGCAAACAUGUCACAAUGAGAAUGCUUCAGCUAGCACUGCAAGCCGCACUUGCACUAUUUGAAACUCAUGAGGUCCACGACUCUCAAGGAGGUUCAUUUGAGCGAAGCAUUUCUCUCGAGAGUUUAGAAUUAGGAACUGAAGAACUUUGUGACAUUCCUAAUGUUCAAACCGCAAUGCAAGGGCCUGCUUAUCUGCCUGCUCGACAACCUAUCGUAAUGGGAAAGGGAGCUUUUACGAGUUACGUUAGAAGUCGUGGAGAACCCGAUGGUCACACCAACAUCAGCAGCACAGAUAUUAAACAAAGGUCCCUUCGUGAACUUAAACUACCCAAAAUUCCUUCCGGAAACAGCAGACCACCAAUUCCAGCCCUCAGAAAUCCAACAAACUCUUCCACCGCAGCCAACAGAGCAUAUAAAAACAUCGCUGUGGAAAGAACAGAUAGUUCAACUAGCAGCGGAAGUUCCAUGGCUGACUGGGAAAAUGGUCUCACAACGGUACGACGCCGAGCACCCCCAAUCCCAGAAAAUCACCCCGACUCAUUUUUCAUGGGUGGAAUGAUGGCGAAUAAUUCUGUGUCCCAGUUCGAUUCUUCAACCGGCUCUGAUAAUCAAACCAUGAUGCCCGCAAUGCCACCGGUCCGUAAACCUGGUCGCUUUAUUCAGCAUAACGCCAAAUCCACUCCAUCCAAUAAUUCCGCAUCCACGGCUGGUAAACGGGUCACUUGGAAAAUGAAUGAAAUAGCUGCAGCCAAUGCUAACAAGGCAUUACAAAGUACAUCCACCGAAGCCAAACCCUGGCUGGCUUCAAGAAGUACGUUUUCCAUUCAAAAGGACAAGGAACAGCCACCCACCACCCAGCAAACUUCCACCAUUACUAACUUUCCUGAGCACCAUACGAAAUCCACCCCACUGGUCGAUGUUUAUCAAGAACGCAACGUUGGCCUCGGAUUGGCUCCUUCGCUAUCCAAACUUCUUUUGUCUAAUUGGGGGUCUCUAGGCCCUGUUGAAAAUUUAAGUGGGAACAAAAGUGACACAGAUGCUAGGAACAUGAGUGCUGCUGAAGAUUCAUUUGACCAGCUCUCAUUGGCAGACGAUUCUGCAGCAGAAGGAAACCCACCCAACUCAACGUCGUCGUCCACCCCAGGAAGGAAAGGGAUCACGUCCAAGCGGAUGUUGAAAGGUGGUGGCGGCGCCGGAGGAGGAAGAACACAUCCAAAAAACGGGAGUGGCCCGUUCGUCACUACGGCAGAGAUCUCGCCUAUCAGUCUGAACCUUGCUGAACUUUCACACGAUAAUAAUAACAUGAUGAGUGGGUCAUCGACUUCCAGCUCCAAAAGUUCCCCCAGUGACUUUUCCAAAGAGAGGGACGAAGGUGAUGGACGGUCAUUAACUGACUCACAGUAUGGAAGUUACUCCCCCAGCACUGAAGCUCAAAACGAUUUGAUAGCCCAAACUGCCGCAGCCGUUUAUUUUGCCUCGUCGCGAACCAACGGCGUUAGUUGCGAAACUCAAGGGUCAAAAAUAUUAGCCUCGACAACCACUUCAUGCGACAAUCACGUUUCCCAAAAUAAUGAUAACAGCUUUCUCAUGACUGACAACAACAAUGUGUCCACAAUGACGACACAAAAACUGGAUAAGAUUCAAGAGUCCUCAAUAAUUUGUGACUACGGUCCAGAUCAUGAUGCCAAUAUAACGAAACGAAGUUCUAAAAACUUUCCCACUCGCAAUAAUAAAUUGUCCAUUCAGUUGGCCAGUUUCUCUUCAAAUCAGAAAUCUUCAGAGUGUUAAAUGCCCAAGAUUCAUAACAGUUUCGUAUUUCAAACUUUAAAAAUACAUUCCAAGAAAUGUACAUUCCACUUUGUAAUUUAAGCCAUGUACAAAUUUCACAAGUUCAAAUGUGUGACACGAAAUUACAGUAAUUCUUAGUUAAAUGGUAGUCUAAGAAUAGUAUUGAAAUAUUUUUGAAUAAUUGUAUUUCUGUGAUAUUUUUGUAUUCGCUUUUAUAAGAAUUAGACAAGGACUAAUAAAUACUUGCUAACUAUGGUUUUUAAAAAAAUAA